AUGACAAUCCAACUCUGGCGUCGCGUCCCCGGAAAGACGUUAUUCUUCCUCCUCAACCUCUUCAGCGCCACCGCCCUCGUCUUCGAAGGCUACAACCAAGGAGUCUUUGGAACCGUCUCAGGCACGCCCGGUUUCAUCGCCAUGGCGGGCAUCGGAUAUGGCAAUACCGUCACAAAUUCUACUAAGCAAGGAGGGUUGGCUGCGAGUUAUUAUCUUGGUGCUAUUGUUGGAUGUUUGUUGGGAGGCUGGAUAGCAGAUCGAUUCGGUAGACGAAAAGGAGUUGCUCUCGGUUCAGUUUUUGCAUUACUCGGCUCUGCACUGAUGAGUGGGAGUGUGAAUUCUGAUAUGAUGAUUUGCGCCCGAAUCAUCGCUGGCCUAGGCGUCGGGUUCGUCAACUCCAUUAUUCCCUCUUGGGUAUCCGAGCUCGCCUCUGCGCACGACCGAGGUUCGAAUUUCUCGUUGGUGUUUGUGGCCAAUUAUUUGGGAAUUGUGAUUGCGUAUUGGCUCAAUUUUGGCAUUCGAAACUCGGAUCCGGAAUUUCGUUGGAGGUUUCCUUUUGCGUUUAUGAGUGUUCCGAUGUUGAUGGUGCUUGCUACGACGCCGCUGUUACCGGAAUCUCCGAGAUGGUUGAUUGCCAAUGGUCGCCGCUCCGAGGCCAUUGAUAUUCUCACAAAACUUCGCGGUGAUCGACCAGCAGACGAUCCUGAACUCGUGGCAGAGAUUGAACAGCUCGAUGCCAUUGUCGCGGAUUUUGGACACAAGCGGAAUAAAUACAUCAACAUUCUCCUCGGUGGACGAUACUCGGGUCCUUUGCAUCUGGGUCGACGAGCGUUGAUGGGUGCCGCUUUACAAACGAUUCAGCAAUGGACAGGCAUUCUCGCUAUUGCCACCUGGGCCACCCAACUCUUCACCCUCGCCGGAUUCACCCCCUACAAAGCCGGCUGGCUAGCAGGCCUCAUCAACACCUUCGGAAUCUUCGGCACAGCCUCCGCCUCGCUCGUCAUCGACCGACUCGGACGCCGAAAAUCUCUCUUAAUUUCCUUCGCGACCCAAGGACUCUCGCUCUUCCUCGUGGCAGCCUUGAUCAAAACCUCGCAAGACGGCCAAAAAAUGCGCCAACCCGAAAUGUCCACGGCCCUGGGAACUGCUGCGGCGGCGUUUGCGUUUGUGUUUUUGUGGUGCUUUACCAUGUUUAAUAUUGUGCCGUGUUGGAUUUAUGGGAGUGAGAUUUGGCCGCAGGAUGUUCGGGCCAAGGGGUAUAGUAUGACGGUGCUCGGAUGGGCCGUUGGGUGUGGAGUGACGGGGUUUGUGAUUCCCAUCAUGUUGGAUCGAUUAGGCUGGGGGACGUUUGUGUUUUUUGGUGCCAUGAAUGUGGUUUCGGCGCCUGUGAUUUAUUUCUUUUAUCCCGAGGCCGCGAAUAAGUCGCUCGAGGAGGUGAAUUUGUUGUUUACGAGUGAGAGUUUGUUGGUGAGUGAGAAUUUGAAGGCGUAUCGCGUGAGGGUGGAGGAGGCUGGGGGCAGUGUGGCGUUGGCGGUCAAGAGGCUUUUGGAGGAGGCAAAUGCGGUGGAUGGUCGUCUUGGUCGUCAGGAGAUUUCGGAGGCGGGGAGUUCGGUGGGAGUGGGGAAAGAUGUAGUUGAUGUGGUGGCUACGGAGAAGGUGUGA